AAAUUCACUUGGCCCAACGGCCAAGUGGCUGGUCGAUAUCAAGAUGGCGUUCCACCACACAGUGUGUUUUGUUUUCACUGUCCUGAUUGUCUGCAAUGUCGUGUUGUAUCCUUCUCUUUUCAGCAGCGUUUUCAGAAAAUGGUUUGGAUCAUCGGGUCCAGUAGACGAAGAAAAGGAACCAUUGCCAGACAUGCCGCCACACAUGAGGCACGGUCCACGCACUCCCGGCGCAGCACGGCGUAUGGAGAUGGAACGAGCUGCCCAACGUAACAUGAAACACGCCGAUCCGGCAUCAUACUUUGCCCAGCAGAAGCAGGAGGCCGCGGGCAAAGGUCGCGGCCUGCUGGGGUCGGUACUUCCUGUCUAUGCCGUGGGCAUCGUGGUAUACUUCGCCUACAUCAUGUACAGGAUAUUUCUAAAAGACAAGGCCAAGAACAACACCGCAGACGGUCCGGGUUCCAGCCUGUGGGACUCCAAUCGCGACGGCGCCACGCUGCAGCGGCUGCAGCAGGAACAGCUGCAGAAGCAACUGUCGGAGCAGCUGCGGGCCGAGAACUACAGCGGCAUCAAAGUCAAGAAGGCCGGCAAGGGGAGCAAGACGAGGAAGCCGCCCGUCAGGAAAGAUUCCAACACAUCAGAAGAGACGCCGGACGAAAUGGCGGCGCUGAAGAAACGGCUGGAGAACACGGAACGCUCCAUGCAGCGCAUGAUGGAGAUGAUGAACAGCAUGGGCAUAGCCAUGAGCCAGGUCACCGAGCAGCUCACAGGAGCUGUGCCAUCGAAGCUCACAAACUCCCUUGACCGCCCUGCUCAGCUCACUGACGAGGCUGACGACGGAGGUCAGAGGUCAAGUGAGGGGGACCUGGACUCCAACCUCGACUCUGAUGAUGACGCAUCAGAGCAGGACGAGGCAGGGACUAACCUGGAAGGGGACGCAGGAGCAGCGGACAGCACCACCGACGAGGAGGGGGGUGAAGUGGAGGUCCUCAGAGGGGAACAAAUGGAACAUUCCGACGCUGUGCGGAAGAGACUGGUGCCGGCCGUCGGUGGGGAGAGCUAAUUUCCACUUUUGUAACCUCUGGUAUUUUUCCCCUUCUCUUCUGUCACACACAAACACUGUAUGUAUCCCACAAUGCAAUUUAUUCUCAGCAACGGCAUAGCCAAGGAGGGGAGGGGCAACUCUCCUCCCACAGAGAACUCUCACACUUCGGCAAAAUUGCCUUUUUGGUAUCAUUUAAUGUCAUGAGUUGUGGUUCGCUUGAAACAAAUUUAUAUCAAAAGUGUGAAUUUAACCUAUGUACUCUUGAAUUUUCAUAUCAAAUUGCUAUACAACUAACAUAGUACAUGUAUUCUGUGUGGUUGAAUAUUUUGUAUUGCAUUUAACAUGUAAUUUAUUUGUGGUCUGGCCAGUUUGCCAUUGGUGUGGUUAAUUUAACAUUUUUCCAUGGUGCAAUAUUUAGAAGGGUACAUGCUUUUUCAGGUAGUUAUUAGAUUUCACGGUACUAAAGUUUAAUGAAUAGAUUACAUAUGCUGCUUUUACCCCAACCCCAAGGCUGAGCUGAAUGUUCAAUCGUUCAUCAAAUGUAUCAAUAUUUAGUGUUGAAACUGAAUAUUCGGAGUGAAAAAUCAGUAAAUAAAUGAAAAGAAUGUUCACUAUAUUUGGUUGUAAACUUGUAUUCUUGAAGCAUAUUUUGAGGUGUUACAUGUACAAAUGAACUUACGUGUAACAGCAACUUACAAUGCCAUAUGUCCAAACAUAAUGCAAAAGUUGGGCAAAAAAUAUUUUAGUGUGUUUUGUGGGUUUUUUUUCUUUUCGACUUUUGGUUUGUGGUCUCACUGGGACUCCUUAAAAGAAGAAAUUGACAAGUACAGUACUGGAAGUUUAUCCCGCAAGACAUGCCAAUUGGUACAGUGUAUCAAAUUAAAAUAUUUCUUCUUCUGAUCUGCAUCAGGCCUCCAAACAACAAAAAGCUGAAUUGUGUUUGAAGUAAAAGCUUCCACUCUGAAUCUUUUGUCUCUUGCAUCGUUAGCCUGGAACGUUUUCCAGUUUCUGAAUGUGUUAAUACAUAUAUAUAGUUAUAUUAUUACAUGUACAUAAACGUCAUACUUUAUCAUGUGGAUUGUAAAAGUUCACAUCAGAUAUUCAGUUCGCCUAUCAUCGUUUGUUGUGCCCUUUGGACAGUUUGGGACUGCUUGAAAUGAGACUCAUGUGUAUUUAAGUCUGCAAUGGGCAGAUGUGUAGUUAGCGUACAACAGCUCAUUACGCGUGGGCUUUCAAAGAAUAGUCGAACCUCGUUUGAUAAUAAGAGCACUAUUAAUGCAAGAUUCUGCUUAUAGCAAGGAAAUUGUUCGGUCCCAGUCCUUCGUUUUUCAUUGCUUGCAUUUCUGACGAUGCAAGGUUCCUGUUGUAACAAGGUACUAGUAAUUUACCAAGUCCACAGGACCUCUUAUUAACGAGGUUUGACUUUAUUUGCUGCUUGUUCGAUCCUAGAUUGUCUCAAAUUUAUGACUUCGAAGUCGUUAAGAAUAACAGCUUGACCAGUGAGUGUUUCUAAUUAUAUUUAAGUGGACGUUUGCCACAUGAGAACAUUAAGAUUUGACGUGCUUUCACGUAUUGCGUGUCAACAAACACACUAGACAUGUGCACAGGCCGAUAGAACACACGUACAUGUAUUUGAAAUUUGUUCAUCCCAGGUUUGGAAUAUCACGAUAUUCAACAGACGCUGUGGUUGGAUAAUAAUGCUUGGGAACAGCGAUAGGCUCAUUUAUUUGGGAAAUGUAUUUUACAGUGUAGUGUGGUGAAUUGCACACAUGUGCUCUGUAGGACAGUAUCUCUAAUGUUUGUGCUUGUCAUUUGAUAAUUUCCUCAAUUUUUGCAGCACCCGUUUUUAUUCACAGCUACUAUUUCUGAAGCCAGGCAUCUACUAACGGAAUUUGAUAGGUUAGUUGGAAUUAUUGGUGUUUGAAGGUAGACCUUCAGAAUUUGUGUACAUGUAAAUGCUGCAGUUUAUGUUCCCUGCUUGGCAAAUAGUGUUCACUAUUUUGUUUUGGUAUUUCUGAAAUGGUUUGCUUGUGUGCCCUAUUCCCUCCUAAAACCUACCAGUACUCUCGUGAAAGCAAUCAGGCAAGUUGGUAGCAUUUAUCUAUAACAGUUCAUAUUUCCAGUAAAACCUGCAGUUUCAUCAUGCCCUGAAAUAAAGGGAUUCAUACAAAGCUGUAAUGUUAAGA